AUGGAAAAGGAAAUUUAAAAUUAUAUUGGAGAAUUUAAUCUCGAUUACUCUAAUGUUGCAAUAUUUGGCAAAAUUUAAUUGCAAGUUCAAAAAUAUUUAAUUCUUAUUGUGAAUUCAUAAUGUAUUGGUUAAUUGUUAGGACAUGAAAUAUACAUGAUUAAAUAAUUAGUCUUCCAUCCUUUAUCAGAAUGUGAAAUCAUACAUAAAAAUGAUAAAGUAUAUACUGAAAUGAUUAAAUCUAUCAUCUGCAAUAACUCUUGCUAUUAUAGCUUAACACACAAUCUUACGCAUAGUUUAUAGUAUAAAAGAAAUAGAAAUAGAAACCGAUUUGCAAUUAAUCAUAAAUACAUAGAAGAUAUAGAAAAUAAGAUUUAUGUCAUAAAUGGAUUUAUCUAAAUUUACAACAAUACUAACUUUACUUAUUGUUAAAUUGUUCGAAGAGAAUGCUUAAGAUAAGGAAGAAGAUUUACUUAGAGAGGUUGUGAUUAAUAAGGAAAUUGUACAAAUUUCACUGAGAUUGAGGAUGUAUAUCAAAUAAAUAAUUCAACCUACUCUUUUAUCUAGGUGAGAGGAUCUCUCCCAUUCAAAUGGUCAUAAUUACCUUAUUUGAAUCCUAAACCUAAUAUUGUAAAUUUUUAAUCCUAUAUAGUAAAUUGAUAGUAAUUCUGAUAAUAAUAUAGACCUUUGUAACACUCAUUUGUUUAGCCAAAUAUAAUUUUACAGGGAGAUAUUUAUUUUAAAUUUAAUUGAUCGCAAAGGAAAGCAAUAGAAACUUGGAAAUUAUUUCCAAUCAAUUUUAGAGUCUUUUUAAAGAAGGGAAAUUUAGUACUUUUGGUUUGAUUUUCAUUAAGAAAAAGGUAAUUUGAAUAAACUAGUGGAUGAAAUUAGUCCAAUUUUAGAAUAAUAUGGUUAUUACUAAAUAGCUGAUUAGAAUACUAAGCUAAUAUCUGAAUAAAAAGGAAUUUUUAGAGUGAAUUGUAUGUCAUGUAUUGACAGAACUAAUGUCGUUUAAUAUUUAAUUAGUAAAUUCAUAAUGGAAGAAAUUAUUUAAGAUUCUGGUUUAGAUUUUUCAUUAGAAUCUACACACAAAAAAAUAUGGAUUAAUUCUGGGAAUUAAUAAAGCAGAUUAUAUACAGGUACUAAUUCAUUAAAGAAUGACUAUAUAAAAUAUGGUAUGUAAACUAAGUAUGGAAAAUUAGAAGAUGCAAUUUUAUUAACUAAGAGAUACUUUUUAAAUCAUUUCAAUGAUUAUCAUAUACAAAAUAGUAUUGAUUUAACUUUUGGUUUAUGGGAUAUGAAUAAUACUCGAUUCNUUUAAAUUAAUUAUUAUAUGGAAAAGGAAAUUUAAAAUUAUAUUGGAGAAUUUAAUCUCGAUUACUCUAAUGUUGCAAUAUUUGGCAAAAUUUAAUUGCAAGUUCAAAAAUAUUUAAUUCUUAUUGUGAAUUCAUAAUGUAUUGGUUAAUUGUUAGGACAUGAAAUAUACAUGAUUAAAUAAUUAGUCUUCCAUCCUUUAUCAGAAUGUGAAAUCAUACAUAAAAAUGAUAAAGUAUAUACUGAAAUGAUUAAAUCUAUCAUCUGCAAUAACUCUUGCUAUUAUAGCUUAACACACAAUCUUACGCAUAGUUUAUAGUAUAAAAGAAAUAGAAAUAGAAACCGAUUUGCAAUUAAUCAUAAAUACAUAGAAGAUAUAGAAAAUAAGAUUUAUGUCAUAAAUGGAUUUAUCUAAAUUUACAACAAUACUAACUUUACUUAUUGUUAAAUUGUUCGAAGAGAAUGCUUAAGAUAAGGAAGAAGAUUUACUUAGAGAGGUUGUGAUUAAUAAGGAAAUUGUACAAAUUUCACUGAGAUUGAGGAUGUAUAUCAAAUAAAUAAUUCAACCUACUCUUUUAUCUAGGUGAGAGGAUCUCUCCCAUUCAAAUGGUCAUAAUUACCUUAUUUGAAUCCUAAACCUAAUAUUGUAAAUUUUUAAUCCUAUAUAGUAAAUUGAUAGUAAUUCUGAUAAUAAUAUAGACCUUUGUAACACUCAUUUGUUUAGCCAAAUAUAAUUUUACAGGGAGAUAUUUAUUUUAAAUUUAAUUGAUCGCAAAGGAAAGCAAUAGAAACUUGGAAAUUAUUUCCAAUCAAUUUUAGAGUCUUUUUAAAGAAGGGAAAUUUAGUACUUUUGGUUUGAUUUUCAUUAAGAAAAAGGUAAUUUGAAUAAACUAGUGGAUGAAAUUAGUCCAAUUUUAGAAUAAUAUGGUUAUUACUAAAUAGCUGAUUAGAAUACUAAGCUAAUAUCUGAAUAAAAAGGAAUUUUUAGAGUGAAUUGUAUGUCAUGUAUUGACAGAACUAAUGUCGUUUAAUAUUUAAUUAGUAAAUUCAUAAUGGAAGAAAUUAUUUAAGAUUCUGGUUUAGAUUUUUCAUUAGAAUCUACACACAAAAAAAUAUGGAUUAAUUCUGGGAAUUAAUAAAGCAGAUUAUAUACAGGUACUAAUUCAUUAAAGAAUGACUAUAUAAAAUAUGGUAUGUAAACUAAGUAUGGAAAAUUAGAAGAUGCAAUUUUAUUAACUAAGAGAUACUUUUUAAAUCAUUUCAAUGAUUAUCAUAUACAAAAUAGUAUUGAUUUAACUUUUGGUUUAUGGGAUAUGAAUAAUACUCGAUUCCACGAUUACAAAUUUGAAAAUUCUCUCCGAAAAUGUAUAAUCAUAGUAAUUUAUAACUGCUAUUAUUUAGUAUAUUAUAUUGAUGUUUUUGUUCAGUUUAUUAAAUUUGGGUAUACUUAGUCCAGCUUUGUCACUUGUAGUUCUCAAUUACUUUCCAUAAGUAUAUUAAGUAAGAUCAAUACUAACAUAAUGA